ACAUCCAGUCGGUUUCUGCUCGCAUCCAGUGUGUCCACAAAGGUGACAGUAACAUGGAGCACGUGAAGAGCGCUCAUCCACGUCACUGCAUGCAUGUAAAGUGAGAUUCCUCAACAAACUUUGCAGUCAUACUAUAUGACCGCAGCCUGACGUAUCCGUGACCACAUCCGAGACCGGAAGCUAUGGAGACUGUGAAUACCAGCAGCGGGGUCGAGCCCGGCCUCUUCUCGGCCAGUCCUUACACCGCCGUGGAAAUUGUGCUCAUCAUUCUGGUGGCGGGAUCCCUCAGUCUGAUCACCGUCGUUGGAAACAUCUUGGUCAUGCUGUCUAUAAAGGUAAACAGGAACCUGCAGACCGUCAACAACUACUUCCUGUUCAGCCUGGCCUGCGCGGACCUCAUUAUUGGCGUCGGCUCCAUGAACCUGUACACCGUUUACAUCGUGAUUGGCCACUGGCCCUUGGGAGCCGUGGUGUGCGACCUGUGGCUGGCGGUGGACUACGUGGUCAGCAACGCCUCGGUCAUGAACCUCCUGAUUAUCAGCUUCGACCGAUACUUCUGCGUCACCAAGCCGCUGAGCUACCCGGCGCGCCGAAGCACCAGGAUGGCCGGUUUGAUGAUCGCCGCCGCCUGGGUGUUGUCCUUCGUCCUGUGGGCGCCGGCCAUUUUGUUCUGGCAGUUCAUCGUUGGUGGGAGAACCGUGCCACCGGGGGAGUGCUAUAUCCAGUUCUUCUCCAACCCGGCGGUCACAUUCGGCACGGCCAUCGCGGCUUUCUACCUGCCCGUGGCCAUCAUGAUCUACCUCUAUUGGCGCAUCUCAAGGGCCAGCCGUAGCCGCAUGCAGAGGGACAGCAGGAAGACAUCCGGCACUAGUAUCAGAGAAGCUCACUCUCACAGUCAGGAGGAUGCAGGUGAGAACCAGAUCCAGAACAACUGCAUUCAGAAGAUGAGGGAGCAGCUCAGGGAGGUUGUGCAGAGCAAAGAGAAGGAGGCACUGCAGCAGCAGAACGGAAGUGCUCCCUGCAAGGUAGACAAACCCGAGCAGCUGGAACCGGAGAUGGACAGCGUCCAACCCUCCACGUCUACAGACAACGAGGUCCCCGUUUCAGUGCUGAGGGGACUGAACGCCAUAAGAAGGAUGAACCAAACAGAGCCAUCUUCCAGGGGGGCGUCCUUGACGGACUGUCAAGCCACAAGGACAAUGCUUAAGCACAUACUGUUGACGGAGCAGAAACAAGAAUUCAACAAGCGUCCCAUCAAGGCCGUCCCGCACUCACGGUCUCGCUCCAUCUCGCAGUCGUCCGCCGAGAGUUACAGUUCAGUGGGCAGUACCAGCUCCGAGGAUGAAACGUCUCCGAGAAAAGAGGUCGAGAAGACGUCCUUUUGUGUUAAAAACAUCAAACAGGCUGAUUUUGGACGUCGCGAAAUCUGCAUUGCAGAGCAAGAGAUGCCUGCUCUGAUGGUCCUGAGGAAGAAAGUGGGAGCGGAGAAACCUCUGGCGGGAGCCAAAGUGGUUGGCUGCACACACAUCACUGCGCAGACGGCGGUUCUUAUUGAGACUUUGUCGGUGUUGGGAGCUCAGUGCCGCUGGGCCGCGUGCAACAUCUUCUCCACCCAGAACGCCGUAGCUGCGGCUCUGGCCAAGGGAGGUGCGUCUGUGUUUGCUUGGAGAGGGGAGUCAGAAGACGACUUCUGGUGGUGCAUCGACCGCUGCGUCGGGGCUGACAUCUGGCAACCCAAUGUGAUUCUGGACGACGGCGGCGACCUGACCCACUGGAUCUACAGGAAGUACCCGAGCCUGUUCAAAAAGAUACGAGGCAUCGUGGAAGAAAGCGUCACAGGAGUUUAUCGCUUGUACCAGCUGGCCAAGGCGGGCAAGUUGUGCGUUCCUGCCAUUAACGUCAACGACUCGGUGACCAAGCAAAAGUUCGACAACUUGUACUGUUGCAAGGAGUCCAUACUGGAUGGGUUGAAGAGAACCACAGAUGUGAUGUUUGGCGGCAAGCAGGUGCUGGUUUGCGGCUACGGUGAGGUUGGCAAAGGUUGCUGCGCCGCCCUGAAAGCGUUGGGCGCUAUCGUGUACGUGACAGAAGUGGACCCCAUCUGUGCCCUCCAGGCCUGCAUGGGCGGCUUCAGAGUAAUCCAGCUGAGUGAGGUGGUCCGGCUGGUUGACGUGGUCAUCACCUGCACAGGAAAUAAACACGUGCUGGGCCGGGAACAUCUGGACAGGAUGAAGAACGGCUGCAUCGUCUGCAACAUGGGACACUCCAACACAGAGAUAGAUUUGGCGAGUCUGCGUAGUGCCGAGCUGCGGUGGGAGCGCGUGAGGCCUCGGGUGGACCACAUCAUAUGGCCAGAUGGAAGGAGGAUCGUCCUGCUAGCUGAGGGCGGUUUGCUGAAUCUGAGCUGCUCCACUGUUCCCCCCUUUGUCCUCUCCGUCACUUCCACCACUCAGGCUCUGGCCCUCAUCGAGCUGUACAACGCUCCAGACGGACGAUACAAACAGGAUGUAUACCUGCUACCAAAGAAGAUGGACGAAUACGUGGCCAGUCUUCACCUUCCCGGCUUUGACGCUCACCUCACCGAGCUGACUGACGAGCAGACCAAAUACUUGGGCAUCAGCAAGCAUGGACCCUUCAAGCCUAAUUAUUAUAGGUAUUGACCUCCGGGACCCCGAAGACUUCCUGUUUAUGUUAUGUUAUUAUUCUGAAUAUUGAAAUAAAACCAACUGUAAACACGGUUAACUAUUCACUACUGACUUGUUUCGUCAAGUGGCACAUUCGGAUUUCACGCUGCACAUUUAGCACAAAGCACCCAUG